GUCGUCAAACCUUCAAGUCGACAAAGUUUGCUGGUGCGUAAAUCCUUUGGAAAUUUGAAAAAUGGAGUACAUACGAAACCAACGAGUCGUUCUGCAGUGGGAAGAGGACGUCGUAGUCUUCUACAUCACUUUGCUGCUCUGGCUAUGGCUAAUGGCGGCGUUACGCUACUAUUCAUCACGCUAAGUGCUGAGCUACUAUUUCCGUUGUUAUCU